AUGUCUUUUUCUUCCAACUAUUCCGAAGCUGCAGAAAGAAACAAGGAACCUUUACGGCAAGUGUUGAGCCAGUUCUUGAGCUCUAUGGAAAAGAGUUUGCCAUCAUCAUUAUCCUCGUCAUCAUCAUUGGAUGAAAAUAAAAAGAAACGAAUUUUAGAAAUUGCUUCCGGAUAUGGACAACAUGUGAGCCAUUUUGCACGUUCCUUUCCGAAUUAUGAGUUUCAACCUUCGGAAUUGACUCCACAAAAUUUUGAAUCCAUUAUGGAACGAUGUAAAGAGUUGAGUAAUGUAAAGCCUCCCAUCCUUAUCGAUAUUAGUAAAGAGUUGGAAGAACUGAUGACUUUAGAAAGUGGUGCUUUACAAACAACCUAUCAUUCCAUCAUUGCCAUUAAUUUAUUACAUAUUUCACCAUGGAAAACAACACCCAUGCUCAUAAAGAAUGCAAGUCGAUUAUUGCAACAUGAUGAUGAUGACGAUGACGAUGGUGGUUAUUUAUUUAUUUAUGGACCAUUUAAUGUCAAUCAUGAAUACACAAGUGAAGGAAAUAAGAAUUUUGAUGAACAUUUAAAAUCAAGGUGUGAAGAAUGGGGAAUUCGAGAUGUCCAAGAUGUUGAAAAAGAAGCCCAUUUAUGUGGCUUUAUACUAUUGGAGCGCAUUCCAAUGCCAGCCAAUAACUUUACUUUGGUGUUUAAAAAGAAAUCCACCAAGCAUAAUGAUCACUGA